GUUUCUUUUAAACCAUUGCAGCACGUCUUAGAUUUGUUACAUAAUUUAAAAGUGAAUAAAAUUAAAUUGGAAAAAUAUAUCAGUUUUUUUUUUGGUGAAAAAUAAAUUACAAAAAAGUGUUAAAAUUUUUUAUAUAAAAAAUGAUGUACCAACGUCAAACCUCCUUUGAUAAGCCCACACGCAUUGAGGGUUCUUCUUAUAUAGCCGAAAGCACUGAGAAACAAGAAGAUCGCAGCACAUGUUUGCUAUUCUCACCAAAAGAUCAGAAUUCUGGUUCAUUAGCGAAUUCCUUGAAAAUCUUUACCAAGCAUAACGUUAAUCUUUUUCACAUUGAAUCACGUUCAUCGUUGCGUGUACCCGGCUAUGAAUUCUUUGUAGAAUGUGAUACCAAAUCGGGUGAAUUGGGUAAAGCCAUUGAUGAGUUGCGUGAAAUUUGCUCUUAUUUCAAUGUCAUUUCACGUGAUUACAAGGACAAUGUAUCGGCUGUGCCAUGGUUCCCCAGAAGAAUACGUGAUUUGGAUCGUUUUGCUAAUCAAAUUUUAAGUUAUGGCGCCGAAUUGGAUUCAGAUCAUCCUGGCUUUACCGAUCCUACUUAUAGAGCUAGAAGAAAAUAUUUUGCUGAUAUUGCUUACAAUUACAAACAUGGCCAACCUUUGCCUCAUGUGGAAUAUACUAAAGAAGAAACCGAAACUUGGGGUAUUAUGUUUAGACAUUUAACUAAAUUGUAUAAAACUCAUGCCUGCAAAGAGUACAAUCAUGUUUUCCCCUUGUUGGUAGACAAUUGUGGUUUCCGUGAGGAUAAUAUUCCUCAAUUGGAAGAUGUUUCCAAUUUCUUGAAAGAUUGUACCGGUUUCACAUUGCGUCCCGUGGCUGGUCUUUUGUCAUCUCGUGACUUUUUAGCUGGUUUAGCCUUCCGUGUUUUCCAUUCCACACAAUAUAUUAGACAUCCCAGUAAGCCCAUGUACACUCCAGAACCCGAUGUCUGCCAUGAAUUAAUGGGUCAUGUACCACUAUUUGCUGAUCCCGAUUUUGCACAAUUCUGUCAAGAAAUCGGUCUAGCUUCAUUGGGUGCUCCUGAUGAUUUUAUUGAAAAAUUAGCUACUAUCUUUUGGUUUACCGUUGAAUUUGGUUUGUGUCGCCAAGAAGGUGAAUUAAAAGCAUAUGGUGCUGGUCUUCUUUCCUCUUUCGGUGAGCUACAAUAUUGUUUAAGUGAUAAACCUCAACACAAAGAUUUUGAUCCUGAAGUUACGGGUGUAACUAAAUAUCCAAUUACACAAUUCCAAGAAGUCUACUAUGUGGCAGAUAGUUUUGAAAGUGCCAAAGAAAAGACUAUUAAAUUUGCCAACUCUAUUCCCCGUCCCUUUGGCGUACGCUAUAACGCCUACACCCAGAGCAUUGAAGUUUUAGAUUCGAAACAUCAAAUUGCUAAUUUAAUGGAAAACAUCAAUUCUGAAUUCCAAAUUUUGCAAAAUGCUGUGCAAAAAUUAAAAAUCUAAUCUAGAAUUAAGCGUUAAUACAUAUAUAUUAAUUACUUACGCAUUUAUACACAUAUAUUUUUUAGUUUAGAAAU